AUGGCGAACAGAGGAUUCGAAUUCCCCGUAUCAGUCGCUGCGGCUGAUACACCUACGCCUCUCCCCGGCGUCACUGCGACUUACGCCCCUGGUACCCCCUUCAUCGCCAAUGCGGGUUACGCGCCUACGCCUUUCUUUGGUGCCACUGCGUCUUACGCGCCUGCACCAUCCUUCCCCCGCAUUGCGAAUUACGCGCCUACGCCUCUCUUCGGCGGCGCUACGGCUUACCCGUCUACGGCUCUCUUCGACGCCCCUGCGGUUUGUCCACCUACGCCAUUCUUUGCAAUCCCUUCGCAAUCUUCUGCUCUGGAUGUGGAUCUGUCUUUCCGCACUCCGGGCAUAGCAUUUACUCCACCCACGCCUUCCAACACUCAGGUGGGAAAUCCGCCCACUUCCUCAGCAACUCAAUCCUCCUCUGUAUCGCAACCAUCAAAUGCGUUUCGAACUGUUGCUUCGUCUUCAUCAACCACCAGUGCACCUACAAUUACAAUUCCUUUAUCUGGUGAAGGGACUGCACUAGCACAGACCACUACUUCUGCUGCUGUAACCGUACCAACAUCUGGGAUGUCAUUUUCAUCAGGACCAACUUCCACUACCAAUUCCGCUGCAUAUCCCCGUUUUACCUUAUCGUCUUCAGAGGCAUCUGCAACAAGAACUGCAUCUUCAGUAACUGCUAACACUCGAGAGUGCGAUAGGGCCAUGGAAAAAAUAUAUGCUGCUAUGGUAGAGAUGGAUCAACUUUAUGAGAGAUUAGCAAGGGCAGAGUUUGUGAGAGGUGUGGCCCUAACUGAGAGAGACCAAGCUCAAGCAGAACGGAAUAGUCUGCAGAUCCAACCUGAUCAGGCCCGAGAGAGGGAGAGACAAAUGCAGAUAGAGCUGCAACAACUAUAUGCUACGAAUUAUGCGCUCAAAUUAGAGCGAGAUCGUGUGCAACAACUAUUUGCCGAGAAAAAUGCACUCAAAGUAGAGCAACAUCCUGUGCAACAACUAUGUGCUAAGAUAGAUGCACUCAAAGUAGAGCAAAAUCGUGUGCUAGGAGAGCUCGAGACAAUUCAUCAGAUAGAGAUGCAACAACUAUGUGCUAAGAUAGAUGGACUCAAAGAAGAGCAAGAUCGUAUGCAGCAACUAUGUGCUAAGAUAGAUGGACUCGAAACAGGCCAAGAUCGUUUGCGAGGAGAGCUCGAGACACUUCGUCAGAUGAGAGUAUCAGAUAUACAACCAUGGCGAACAGAGGAUUCGAAUUCCCCGUAUCAGUCGCUGCGGCUGAUACACCUACGCCUCUCCCCGGCGUCACUGCGACUUACGCCCCUGGUACCCCCUUCAUCGCCACUGCGGGGUACGCGCCUACGCCUUUCUUUGGUGCCACUGCGUCUUACGCGCCUGCACCAUCCUUCCCCCGCAUUGCGAAUUACGCGCCUACGCCUCUCUUCGGCGGGCUACGGCUUACCCGUCUACGGCUCUCUUCGACGCCCCUACGCAUUUACUCCACCCACGCCUUCCAACACUCAGGUGGGAAAUCCGCCCACUUCCUCAGCAACUCAAUCCUCCUCUGUAUCGCAACCAUCAAAUGCGUUUCGAACUGUUGCUUCGUCUUCAUCAACCACCAGUGCACCUACAAUUACAAUUCCUUUAUCUGGUGAAGGAACUGCACUAGCACAGACCACUACUUCUGCUGCUGUAACCGUACCAACAUCUGGGAUGUCAUUUUCAUCAGGACCAACUUCCACUACCAAUUCCGCUGCAUAUCCCCGUUUUACCUUAUCGUCUUCAGAGGCAUCUGCAACAAGAACUGCAUCGUCAGUAACUGCUAACACUCGAGAGUGCGAUAGGGCCAUGGAAAAAAUAUAUGCUGUUAUGGUAGAGAUGGAUAGGGCCAUGGAAAAAAUAUAUGCUGCUAUGGUGCAACAACUAUGUGCUAAGAUAGAUGCACUCAAAGUAGAGCAAAAUCGUGUGCUAGGAGAGCUCGAGACAAUUCAUCAGAUAGAGAUGCAACAACUAUGUGCUAAGAUAGAUGGACUCAAACAAGAGCAAGAUCGUAUGCAGCAACUAUGUGCUAAGAUAGAUGGACUCAAAACAGAGCAAGAUCGUUUGCGAGGAGAGCUCGAGACACUUCGUCAGAUGAGAGUAUCAGAUAUACAAGUACCGUUGAGGAUGGAUGCAUUGACAAUGGAGAAUGUUAGCUUGAGAGAGGCACAAGGGAGAGCAGAGGAGCAUCAAGAGGGAUUCGUUUUGUUAUAG